GGGAGAGGAGCAGCGGCCGCUCGCAGCACACGCUGCUGCUGCCUUCACAAACUGAGCCACACGCCGGCGGAAAGUUGGAGGCAGUGAAGCCAACGAGGGCUCCUACCUGCUCAGGGGCUGCAGGAAAGCAGCACCUUCCCCAGAUUGUCCUCUGGAGGUGGCAAAGCUCUGUCCCUGCUGGAGCACUGCUGACCACCAAACAAGCGUGCAGAGAACCUGAGACCCUCCGGGACCUGACCCCAAGGUCAUUCAGAGAAAAGGAGAAAGCAGGAGAGGAAACAGGAGCAGCUGAGACCCACCAGCUGCUGUAGGGGAUCAUCUCCAGCACUGAGCUCCAAAAUAGAGCCAAUGGGCACAAGCAAGUUGCAGGGCCACAUUUUUCCCUAGGCCACAUCAUUCCUAGUGUACAAGGCUGAAUACAUGAAGUGACUCCACAAUGUUUUCCAAGGUCACUGUAGGCCCAAGGUCACUUUGGAAAGGUUUCUAGGGCUGCCUGGUAGACACUUGUGCCAAGUAGCUUUAGAGCUGGUGAGAGCAGGCCUGCUCCAUCCAUGCAACUGCACUAUGGAUCCGUGUUACAACCAUACAAGCUCUCAAAAACCCCUGGACCAACCCCUGCAGCUGCUGAUUGGGACCUGCCUUGUCCUCCUCAUCGUGGUCACUCUCUGCGGCAACAUCAUCGUCUGUCUGGCCGUCACCCUUGACCACCGGCUCCGCAGCUUGACAAACUGCAUCAUCGUCUCCUUGGCCAUCACCGACCUGCUGCUGGCCCUCCUGGUGCUGCCCUUCUCCGCCUUCUAUGAACUCUCCAAGGAGUGGCCCUUCGGCAGCACUUUGUGCAACAUCUACACCAGCCUGGACGUCAUGCUGUGCACAGCUUCCAUCCUCAACCUCUUCAUGAUCAGCCUGGACCGCUACUUUGCCGUCACCACCCCUCUCCGCUACAACCAGCUGGUCACUCGUUCUCGAGUGGCUGUGGGUUUGGUUGUUAUUUGGACUGUUUCACUGAUGGUCUCCUUCCUACCCAUCCACCUGGGCUGGAACACCAACGGGACAGCAGUGCAAAACACAGUCUCCAACUGCAACAAGGAAUGCACGCUGGAGGUGAACCCUCUGUACGGGCUAGUGGACGCCUUGCUCACCUUCUACAUCCCUUUGGUCAUCAUGUGCAUCACCUACUACCGGAUAUUCAAGAUAGCAAGGGAGCAAGCCAAGAGGAUAAACCACACGUGGUGCAGCAGCAGCAACGGCCCCGUGCCUCCCAUGGUGAAAGAGCACAAAGCCACUGUGACACUGGCAGUGGUGAUGGGAGCCUUCAUUGUGUGCUGGUUCCCCUAUUUCACAGUGUUCAUAUACCGGGGGAUGUGGGGGGACAGCAGGGUGAAAGGCACACCCAUGUCCAUUGUUCUCUGGCUGGGCUAUGCCAACUCAGCCCUGAACCCCAUCCUCUAUGGGACGCUCAACAGGGAUUUCCGACUGGCCUACCAGCACUUGCUGCACUGCUGCAGGACUGGGAGCCCCAGAAGCUCCCACCUGCCUCCCCUCCAGAAGGCCCAUUCCUGGGAAAAGAAAUGCAGGCAGGAGGGUAAACCCCUAAAACUGGAGAUGAGGAAUGGGAAGGGGAUCUUGCUGACUGACAGAGCCCUCAAGAGUGCCAGCGCUUUCCCAUGAAUCUCAGCCAGCCCACUGCCCUAAGACCUACAUAUCCAAGCCUUCAAUCCCUGGCUGCCCUCCUCCAAAAUCCUGCAAGGUUGAAAGGACAACACUCAUAUUUCCUCAGGAAGAAACUCAGUGGCAGAGGUGAGGGUCACAGGGAUCCAUGCUCUGGCAAGCAGCAUUUGCUCCAUCUGAAAACACUGCUGGAGAGGCCUUUCCCUGCUCAAGUUUCUUCCCAUGAGGAUGGUGUGUUUGAAGAGCCCUCAGAGGAGCUGCAGAAAAACCUCUCCCCUGCCCCAGUGUGGCCAGGACACCUCUAGCAUCAAGCCCUGCACUGGCAGGUAGUGGUGCCUGAGGAGCUAGGUUGGGAGCCAGCAUGUCCCUUCUGCAAGGCCAGUAUGGGGGUGCCCUCCCUAGGCCCAGGGCAGUGGUCAGGCUGAGUGGGCACAACAUGGGGCAAAAGGGGCUGCAGUCAAGGUCUUGGUAGCAGACAGACCAGCCUGGGAUGGAGAAGGGAAGCAGAGUCACUACCCUCCAUGGAGCCCUGUCCAAUUGAUGUAUGCACCCUUCAGAGGGGGCAAGGUGGGGGAGCAAUAUGGCAGGAGAGCCAGGCAUGGUGGAUGUCAGCAGUCACAAGUCUGUGCACAGGACACCUGGUCCUGCAGCAUCCAUGCCAGGGCAAGCCUGCCUCCCACAUUUGGAGGGUUUUAGCAUCAUCAGUGCUGUCCCUACUCUCUACAUCUGCUUCACACUCCCUGUCCCAGCUCCACUGCAAGGGGGGAGGCCCUGGAGCUGCUGGAGCCGUGGGAAGAUUUGUCCCCACGGACAAGAUUUGCAGCUGGGAUUUGUCCCCAGGCUCUGCCCUCCCUGGCAGCUCAACACUAAAACUGGCAGAAUAGGAUGUUUCUUCACUGAGCCUGUGCAAGAGUCAUCAAUGGUAUAAAAACCUA